AUUUACGUAGAAUUUGACGUUAUCAAAAGCAAAAACUUUACAAGAUCUUCCCCGGAUUCUACUUUAGAUUCUCAUUCUUCGCAUCCUCUUUAUGUAACAACUAUCGUCCCUCCACGGGAAGAAGGCACAGCGUGUUUACAUCCCCACUCUUGCUGCAAUCCGCUGAUUGGCUGUCACCGAUCUUCGUCACUGCAACAGGAGCGGGGAUUGUAAACACGCUGUGCCUUCUUCUCGUGGAAGAAUGGUACUUUACAUGUUUAAAUCUGCGUCGUACUGUUAAUCGUUAAAUAGGACUUAUUACGAAUGAGUUACGAUUCAAAGUACUUGUGCCAGGGCGAGGAUCAGAAAUAUUUCGCCGACUGUUACGAUUAUGAUGUGAUUUGUUCGCAAUCAAGACUGCAGAAUCGUGUAUUAUAUCCGGGCUCGCCAAAGUUCGACGAUAACAAGUCAGAGUCAUUUAUUCCUAACGAUCGACCGCUAGAUCAACGAGCAACAAAAACCGCGUUGAAAUUUCAAAACACGUUGAAACACAGAUACGAUGAAGAUCCCAUGCUUUAUGAAACCGCUACCGAUUUCUUGACGCAAGAAAUCAAUCAUCUUUCGAUGACCGUUAGUUCGUCGAGAAGUUACGAUAAGUUUAAAACUGCCCAAGGGCGCACGGAUGUAACAUGUAAUCAGGAAACGUGCGUAAAAGACGAUGAAGAAAAAUAUGCAAAGUUUGUAUACGAGAUUACUUGCGAAAUAAUAAACGACGGCCUCUAUACCGAUGAACAAUUACGAGAUGUGUUCAAGAAGCAUUUGGACAAAAAUAGAUCGUUUCUAAGUAUGAAUAAAAUGCUGUACGAGAUCUGCCAGUUAAAGCUUUCUUUGAAUAUAUCGGACGAUUCGGAUGAUGAGGAACUGGACGAUCUUGUUCACGCUCAACAAUUAUUUCGCGUGUCGAAAAUUCGCCCACCGACUCCGCCGAAAGUCUUAAACGAAAACAAGGUCGUCGAGAAGUUAAUGUAUUACGAGCAACAGAAAGAUCUACAUAAAUCAAACAAUAGAAAUAAAUCGGUUGUAUUGAUCGAUGUAAAUCCGGAAAUAGUCGUAACCGAGAGAGAUGUACUUUCAUCGUUGAUAGAAUCUGAUAUUAAUCCUGCGCAAGCACAAAAGAUUUAUAAGAGACUUUCUGCUUUGAGCAAAGAUGAGACUUCCAUAGAUUUGAUUCAGGCAAGACCAGAACAAUCGAACGAUGAUGAUACGGCCGGCAAAAGUAAUCGACUUAAGUUCAGUUUAAAAGAAUUAAACGAUGUACACGAAGAAAAUAAACAAGAACAAAGUUCCGCGACCAGCGAUAUUAUAAUGCUAGAACAUAAAGAAGCCCAAUCGUAAACAGAAAUACUUGACAGAAAACUAUUGAACUGCAAUGAACACUUUCCUACAAAAACUUUUUCAAACAUGUUCAUUUUAUUCGUUACAUCUCUAUUACUAGAAAUAAGUCUUGCCAUAUUCUUUACAUUAUCAGUUCUGU